AUGAAUACUUCUUGCUGGAAGUCCAUCACCCAGAGGCCAGCUCUCCCAACCGGACAACAGCAGAGCGCCAUGACACGGGAGGGGCAGUUCAGGGAGGAUCUGGGCUAUGACCGGAUGCCCACACUGGAGAGGGGUCGGCAGGAUGCAGGACGGCAGGACACAGGCAGCUACACGCCUGACUCAAAGCCCAAGGACUUGCAGCUGUCGAAGAGGUUGCCCACGUGCUUCAGCUACAAGACAUGGGUAUUCUCUGUGUUAAUGGGGAGCUGCCUUCUCGUGACCUCUGGGUUUUCUCUCUACUUGGGGAACGUGUUCCCUUCCGAGAUGGAUUAUUUGCGCUGUGCAGCAGGCUCUUGCAUCCCCUCAGCAAUUGUGAGCUUCGCUGUUGGGAGGAGAAAUGUCAGUGCGAUUCCCAACUUUCAGAUAUUGUUUGUCUCCACAUUUGCUGUUACCACUACGUGUUUAAUCUGGUUUGGAUGUAAACUGAUCCUGAAUCCGUCAGCCAUAAAUAUUAAUUUCAACCUCAUCCUGCUCCUGCUGUUGGAACUCCUCAUGGCGGCCACAGUGAUCAUCUCAGCCCGGUCCAGUGAGGAGCCCUGCAAGAAGAAGAAGGGUUCCAUCUCGGACGGCACUAACAUCCUGGAUGAAGUGACUUUUCCUGCUCGGGUCCUAAAGUCCUACUCUGUGGUAGAAGUAAUUGCUGGUGUCUCCGCUGUCCUCGGUGGGGUGAUUGCUCUAAAUGUAGAGGAAGCUGUCUCGGGCCCACAUCUCUCGGUGGCACUUUUUUGGAUUUUAGUGGCUUGUUUUCCAAGUGCCAUUGCCAGCCAUGUGACAGCGGAAUGUCCCAGCAAGUGUCUGGUGGAGGUUCUGAUCGCCAUCAGCAGCCUCACAUCCCCACUGCUAUUCACUGCCUCUGGGUAUCUGUCCUUCAGCGUGAUGAGAAUCGUGGAGAUUUUUAAAGAUUACCCGCCAGCCAUCAAAUCCUAUGAUGUACUCCUGCUGCUCCUGCUGCUGCUGCUGCUGCUUCAGGGGGGGCUCAACACUGGCACCGCCAUCCAGUGUGUGAGCUUCAAAGUCAGCGCCCGGCUGCAGGCUGCAUCCUGGGACCCCCAGUCGUGUCCCCAGGAGCGGACAGCAGGUGAGGUGGUUCGGGGCCCCCUCAAGGAGUUUGACAAAGAGAAAGCCUGGAGAGCUGUGGUGGUACAAAUGGCCCAGUGA